AUGGUUGAUCACAAGAGUUUGCCAAGUCACUUUUUAGGUGGCAAUUCUGUCGAAACUGCUACUCAAAGUCCUGUCAAGGAAUUUGUUGAAGCACAUGAAGGUCAUACAGUCAUUUCAAAGGUUUUGAUUGCUAACAACGGUAUGGCCGCUAUGAAGGAAAUCCGUUCAGUUAGAAAGUGGGCCUAUGAAACCUUUGGUAACGAGCGCGCCAUCGAAUUUACAGUCAUGGCUACACCUGAAGAUUUGAAGGCCAAUGCUGAAUACAUCCGUAUGGCUGACAACUACGUUGAAGUUCCCGGUGGAACCAACAACAACAACUAUGCUAACGUUGAACUUAUUGUCGAUGUUGCUGAAAGAACUGGUGUUCACGCCGGUCAUGCUUCUGAAAACCCUCGUUUGCCUGAAAUGCUUGCCAAAUCCAAGCACAAGUGUUUGUUUAUUGGUCCUCCUGCUUCUGCUAUGAGAUCUUUGGGUGACAAAAUUUCAUCUACCAUUGUUGCACAACAUGCUCAAGUCCCUACUAUGGGUUGGAGUGGUGACAACAUUACUGAUGUUGUUGCUGAUGCUUCAGGUCAUGUCACUGUUCCUGAUGAAGCUUAUGCUAAGGCUUGUGUCAAGACUGCUGAGGAAGGUCUUGCUGCUGCCGAAAAGAUUGGUUUUCCUGUCAUGAUCAAGGCCUCCGAAGGUGGUGGUGGUAAGGGUAUCCGUAUGGUUAAGGAUAGCACCAACUUCACUCAACUCUUUGCUCAAGUCCAAGGUGAAAUUCCUGGUUCUCCCAUCUUCAUCAUGAAGCUCGCUGGUAACGCUCGUCACUUGGAAGUCCAAUUGUUGGCCGAUCAAUACGGUAAUGCCAUCAGUUUGUUUGGUCGUGAUUGUUCCGUUCAACGUCGUCACCAAAAGAUUAUUGAAGAAGCUCCUGUUACUAUCGCCAAGCCCGAUAUCUUUGAACAAAUGGAAAAGGCUGCUGUCAGACUUGGUAAAUUGGUCGGCUAUGUUUCUGCUGGUACUGUCGAAUAUCUUUACAGUCACCACGAUGAUCAAUUUUACUUCUUGGAACUUAACCCUAGACUUCAAGUCGAGCAUCCUACUACUGAAAUGGUCUCUGGUGUUAACUUGCCUGCUGCCCAACUUCAAAUUGCUAUGGGUAUUCCUCUUCACCGUAUCCGUGACAUUCGUGUUCUCUAUGGCGUUGAACACAACAGUGCUUCUGAAAUCGAUUUCAACUUUGAACACCCUACUUCUCUUACCAGCCAUCGUCGUCCUACUCCCAAGGGUCACGUCAUUGCUUGUCGUAUCACUGCUGAAAACCCUGAUGCUGGUUUCAAGCCUUCUUCUGGUAUCAUGCAAGAACUUAACUUCAGAUCCAGCACAAACGUCUGGGGUUAUUUCUCUGUUGUCUCUGCUGGUGGUUUGCACGAAUAUGCUGAUUCUCAAUUCGGUCACAUUUUUGCUUAUGGUGAAAACCGUCAAGCUGCCCGUAAGAACAUGGUUAUUGCACUUAAGGAACUUUCUAUCCGUGGUGAUUUCCGUACUACUGUUGAAUACAUCAUUCGUUUGCUCGAAACUCCCGAUUUCGAAGAAAACACCAUCAACACUGGUUGGUUGGAUAUGUUGAUCUCCAAGAAGUUGACUGCUGAACGUCCCGACACUAUGUUGGCUGUUUUCUGUGGUGCUGCUACUAAGGCUCAUGCUGCUGCUUUAGAAUGCUUCCAACAAUACAAGCAAUCUCUUGAAAAGGGUCAAGUGCCCAGUAAGGGUACUCUCAAGACUGUCUUCACUGUUGAUUUCAUCUAUGAAGAAGUCCGUUACAACUUCACUGUCACUCUUUCUGCUCCUGGUUUGUACACCUUGUACCUCAACGGUAGCAAGACUCAAGUUGGUAUUCGUGAUUUGUCUGACGGUGGUCUUUUGAUCUCUAUUGAUGGCAAAUCUCACACUACCUACUCUCGUGAUGAAGUUCAAGCUACUCGUUUGAUGAUUGACGGUAAGACCUGUCUUUUGGAAAAGGAAAGCGAUCCCACUCAAUUGAGAAGUCCUUCUCCUGGUAAACUUGUUAACUUGCUUGUUGAAAAUGGUGAUCACUUGAAGGCUGGUGAUGCUUAUGCUGAAAUUGAGGUCAUGAAAAUGUACAUGCCUUUGGUUGCUACUGAAGAUGGUCAUGUUCAAUUCAUCAAGCAAGCUGGUGCUACUCUUGAAGCUGGUGAUAUCAUCGGUAUUUUGUCUCUUGAUGAUCCUAGCCGUGUCAAGCAUGCCCUUCCCUUCAGCGGUACUGUCCCUGCUUUUGGUCCUCCUCACAUCAUUGGUGACAAGCCUGCUCAACGCUACAAUGCCACUAAGCACACUCUUGAACAUAUUCUCCAAGGUUAUGAUAACCAAGCUCUUGUUCAAACUGUUGUUAAGGACUUUGCUGAUAUCUUGAACGACCCUGAAUUGCCUUACUCUGAAUUGAGUGCCGUUUUGUCUGUCUUGUCUGGUCGUAUUCCUCAACGUCUGGAAGCUUCCAUCCACAAGUUGUUUGAUGAAUCCAAGGCUGCUCAACGUGAAUUCCCUGCUGUUGAAUUCCUCAAGUUGAUUGAAGACUUUGCUCGUGAAAACGUUACUCUUCAAUCUGAAGCUACUGCCUUGAAGAAUGCUGUUGCUCCCUUGGUCAGCAUUUUCGAACGUUACAGAAAUGGUUUGAAGGAACACGCUUACAGCAACUACGUUCAAUUGAUGGAACAAUACUACGAUGUCGAAAUCAUGUUCAGUCAACAACGUGAUGAAGAAGUCAUUUUGUCUCUCAGAGAUCAAAACAAGGAUAAUUUGGAUAAGGUUUUGGAAGUUGUUUUGUCUCACGCCAAGGUCAACAUCAAGAACAACCUUAUUCUCAUGUUGCUUGAAAUUAUUAACCCUGUUGCUACCGGUAAUGCUCUUGAUAAGUACUUCACUCCCAUUUUGAAGCGUUUGUCUGAAAUUGAAAGCCGUGGUACUCAAAAUGUUACCCUCAAAGCUCGUGAACUUUUAAUUCUUUGUCAAUUGCCUUCUUAUGAAGAACGUCAAGCUCAAAUGUAUCAAAUCCUUAAGAGCUCUGUUACCGAAUCUGUCUAUGGUGGUGGUACUGAAUACCGUACUCCUAGCUACGAUGCUUUCAAGGACCUCAUUGAUACCAAAUUCAAUGUCUUCGAUGUCCUGCCUCACUUCUUCUAUGAUGCUGAUCCUUAUAUUGCUUUGGCUGCUAUUGAAGUCUACUGCCGUCGUUCUUACCAUGCUUACAAGAUCUUGGAUGUUGCCUACAACCUCGAACACAAGCCUUAUGUUGUUGCCUGGAAGUUCUUGCUCCAAACUGCUGCUACUAGCAUUGAUCCUAACAAGCGUAUUGCUUCUUACUCCGAUCUUACUUUCUUGCUCAACAAGACUGAAGAAGAGCCUGUUCGUACUGGUGCCAUGACUGCCUGUAACUCUUUGGAAGAUCUUGAAGCUGAAUUGCCUCGUAUCUUGACUGCUUUCGAAGAAGAACCCCUUCCUCCUAUGUUGCAACGCAAUGCUCCUCCUAAGGAAACUCGUAUGGAAAACAUUCUCAACAUUGCUAUCCGUGCUGAUGACACUUUGGAUGAUGCUGCUUUCAGAACCAAGAUCUCUGAUGUAAUCGCUUCUCAUGCUGAUGCUUUCCGUCAAGCUCAUCUUCGUCGUAUCUCUGUUGUUGUCUGCCGUGACAACCAAUGGCCCGAUUACUACACUUUCCGUGAACGUGAAAACUACCAAGAAGAUCAAACCAUCCGUCACAUUGAACCUGCUAUGGCAUACCAACUUGAAUUGGCUCGUCUUUCUAACUUUGACAUCAAGCCUUGUUUCAUUGAAAACAGACAAAUGCAUGUCUACUAUGCUGUUGCCAAGGAAAACCCCUCUGACUGCCGCUUCUUCAUUCGUGCCUUGGUUCGUCCUGGUCGUGUCAAGAGUUCUAUGCGUACUGCUGAUUACUUGAUCUCUGAAAGUGAUCGUCUUUUGACUGAUAUUCUUGAUACUCUUGAAAUUGUCAGCCACGAAUACAAGAACUCUGACUGUAACCACUUGUUCAUCAAUUUCAUUCCUACUUUUGCUAUUGAAGCUGAAGAUGUUGAGCAUGCUUUGAAGGACUUUGUUGACCGUCACGGUAAGCGUCUUUGGAAGCUUCGUGUCACUGGUGCUGAAAUCCGUUUCAAUGUCCAAUCCAAGAGACCUGAUGCUCCUAUUAUUCCUAUGCGUUUCACUGUUGACAACGUUUCUGGUUUUAUCUUGAAGGUCGAGGUUUAUCAAGAAGUCAAGACCGAAAAGAACGGAUGGGUUCUUAAGUCUGUCAACAAGAUUCCUGGUGCUAUGCACAUGCAACCUUUGUCUACUCCUUAUCCUACCAAGGAAUGGCUUCAACCUCGUCGUUACAAGGCUCAUUUGAUGGGUACUACCUAUGUCUACGAUUUCCCCGAACUCUUCCGUCAAGCUGUUCAGAACCAAUGGAACCAAGCUAUCAAGCACGAUUCUUCCUUGAAACAACCUAGCCAUUUAGUUGAAGCCAAGGAAUUAGUCCUUGAUGAAGACGAUGUCCUUCAAAAGAUUGACCGUGCUCCUGGUACCAACACUGUUGGUAUGGUUGCUUGGCUCAUGACUAUUCGUACUCCCGAAUAUCCUAGUGGUCGUCGUAUCAUUGCUAUUGCUAACGACAUCACUUUCAAGAUUGGUUCCUUCGGUGUUGCUGAAGACCAAGUCUUCUACAAGGCCUCUGAGCUUGCUCGUUCUCUCGGUAUUCCUCGUGUCUACUUGUCUGCCAACUCUGGUGCUCGUAUUGGCCUUGCUGAAGAACUCAUCGGUCAAUUCAAGGCUGCUUGGAAGAACCCUGCUGACCCUACUGCUGGUUUCAACUACCUCUACUUGACUCCUGCUGACUACGAUGCUCUUGUUCAACAAGGUGAUGCCAAGAGUGUUCUUGUUGAAGAGAUCCAAGAUGAAGGUGAAACUCGUCUCCGUAUCACUGAUGUGAUUGGUCACACUGAUGGUCUUGGUGUUGAAAACUUGAAGGGUUCUGGUCUCAUUGCCGGAGCUACUUCUCGUGCUUACGAUGACAUCUUCACCAUCACCCUUGUCACUUGUCGUUCCGUUGGUAUUGGUGCUUAUCUUGUCCGCCUUGGUCAACGUACUGUUCAAAACGAAGGUCAACCUAUCAUCUUGACUGGUGCUCCUGCCUUGAACAAGGUACUUGGUCGUGAAGUCUACACUUCCAACUUGCAAUUGGGUGGUACUCAAAUCAUGUACAAGAACGGUGUCUCUCACUUGACUGCCGAAAAUGACUUUGAAGGUAUUGGUAAGAUCAUUCAAUGGCUUUCUUUUGUUCCUGAAGUCCGUAACGGCCCUGUCACUAUGCGUAUGGGUGUUGAUCCCGUCGAUCGUGACAUUGAAUACAUGCCUCCUAAGGGUCCUUCUGAUCCUCGUUUCUUCUUGGCUGGUAAGAAUGACGAAAACGGCAAGUGGUUGAGUGGUUUCUUCGAUCAAGACUCAUUUAUUGAAACCUUGAGUGGUUGGGCUCGUACUGUUGUUGUUGGUCGUGCUCGUUUGGGUGGUAUUCCUAUGGGUGUUGUCUCCGUCGAAACUCGUACUGUUGAAAACAUUGUACCUGCUGAUCCUGCCAACUCUGAUUCUACUGAACAAGUUUUCAUGGAAGCUGGUGGUGUCUGGUUCCCCAACUCUGCCUACAAGACUGCUCAAGCUAUUAAUGAUUUCAACAAGGGUGAACAAUUGCCUUUGAUGAUCUUUGCCAACUGGCGUGGUUUCUCUGGUGGUCAACGUGACAUGUACAACGAAGUUCUCAAGUAUGGUGCCAAGAUUGUCGAUGCUUUGAGCAACUACAAGCAACCCGUUUUUGUUUACAUUAUUCCUAAUGGUGAACUUCGUGGUGGUGCCUGGGUCGUUGUUGAUCCUACCAUCAACAAGGAUAUGAUGGAAAUGUACGCCGAUACUCAUGCUCGUGGUGGUGUCUUGGAACCUGAAGGUAUUGUUGAAAUCAAGUACCGUAAGCCUGCUUUGCUUGCUACUAUGGAGCGUCUUGAUGAAACCUAUGCUUCAUUGAAGAAGCAAUUGGCUGAAGAAGGCAAGACUGAAGAAGAAAAAGCUACUCUCAAGACUCAACUUGAAGCUCGUGAACAAGAACUCUUGCCUGUAUACCAACAAAUCUCUAUCCAAUUCGCUGAUCUCCAUGAUCGUUCUGGUCGUAUGAAGGCUAAGGGUGUUAUUCGUAAGGCUCUUGACUGGCGUCGUGCUCGUCAAUACUUCUACUGGCGUGUCCGUCGUCGUCUCUGUGAAGAAUACACUUUCCGCAAGAUUACCACUGCCACUAACUCUACUAUGAGCCGUGAACAAAUGGUUACUCUUGUCAAGCAAUGGUUCACUAACGAUAACGAAUCUGUUGACUUUGAUGAUGCUGAUGAAAUUGUUGCCGAAUGGUUCGAUAAGCGUGCUAGUGUAAUUGAACAACGUAUCACUAAGAUCAAGAGCGACUCUCUCAAGCAACAAGUCACUUCUCUCGGUGCUGUUGACCAAGAAGCUGUCAUUGAAGGUUUCAGCGAAUUAUUAGAAAACUUGAGUCAAGAUGCUCGUGCAGAAAUCUUGCGCAAACUUAACUCUCGCUUCUAA